UAACUUGUGGAUCUGUUUCGCCCGCACUGCCCGCAGCAGCUGCACCACGUCGCACUUUCUCGCAAGGGGACGAAUGGGAAAAAAAGGAGGAAAGAUAGAUACAAAAAAAAAUUGCCAUAAAAAAUAAACCUUUCUUAGAUUCACCUUUCCUCUCUGAUAAACAAGAUUGACCAGAUAUUCGAACAUUGUUGAUUACGAGACAGAGCGAAUAAUCGCAGAAAUGCAGAGAGAGAGUGUAAGCUGCAGUGCAAGUCGCUAGCGCCGUCCACGUGACUGCCGAACAGUAACGGACACUUAAUUUUCUUUUUAUCGACGUGAUUUGCGAGGAUACUUUAACAGACGUUUUUUUUCCGCACGACGGACCGCGAAGAUUUCCACACGCGGGCGGAGCCCAGAUGAAGCGCUCGAACCUCAGAUCUCGCAAAAACGGAUUCUCGGUCAAAUUAAACAAAUGCGGCGACCCCGAGGGCGAUUACACCCCUGCAUUCGCGAGCGCGAGGAGCGAGACGAGCAGUCGGGCAGUCGACUCCGUCGUGAAAGAUGGCUUUGCUCGCGAGAAACAUCUGCAAGGCGCUCUCCCAGGCUGCUCAAAAGAGCACAGCUAGAGCUCUGCAUGUGGGAACAGUACGGCAGCAAGAAUCAGCAGUUGAACAAGAAGGAAAGUUGAAAUGUACCUUGAUACCGGGAGACGGUGUUGGACCCGAACUCGUGGUCGCAGUUCAAAGUGUUUUCACAGCCGCGGAUGUCCCGGUUGAGUUUGAACCUUACUUCUUGUCCGAAGUAAAUCCAACCCUGAGUGCUCCACUGGAUCAAGUCUCCAACAGUAUCGCUAGAAAUCGAGUUUGUUUAAAGGGAAUCCUGGCAACUCCGGAUCACUCUAUGACGGGAGAGUUGCAGACCUUGAACAUGAAAUUACGUAAGAGCCUGGACUUAUAUUCAAAUGUGGUGCACGUGAAAUCUUUGCCGGGCGUGAGAUCGCGUCAUCAGAACGUGGACUGCGUUAUCAUCAGGGAGCAAACGGAGGGGGAGUAUUCCGCGUUGGAGCACGAGUCCGUCAAGGGGGUGGUCGAGUGCCUGAAGAUCGUGACUGCCACUAAAAGCCAAAGAAUCGCGAAGUUCGCCUUCGACUAUGCCGUGAAGAAUAACCGCAAGAAGGUCACGUGUGUUCACAAGGCUAACAUAAUGAAGCUCGGCGAUGGGCUCUUUCUCAGAUCGUGCCAAGAAAUUGCGAAAAUGUACCCCAGGAUUACGUUCGAGACGAUGAUCGUCGACAAUUGUACCAUGCAGAUGGUCUCCAAUCCGCAUCAGUUCGACGUCAUGGUAAUGCCGAACCUGUACGGGAAUAUCGUGGAUAAUCUCGCGUCCGGUCUGGUCGGCGGUGCCGGAGUCGUCGCGGGUGCCAGUUACAGCGCCGAGUGUGUCGUCUUUGAGCCGGGUGCGAGGCACACGUAUUCCGAGGCGGUCGGCAAGAACGUCGCGAAUCCGACGGCGAUGAUGCUGUGCGCGGUGAAGCUCCUGAACCAUUCGAAUCUCAAACGCUACGGCGAGCAGAUACGGGAGGCGCUGAACCGCGUGCUGAACGACGGCAAGGUGCUGACGAAGGAUCUGGGCGGGCAGAGCUCGACGACGGAGUUCACCGCCGCCGUGAUAAACAGCCUGCGUUAACGAUGUGUAACAUAGGAAGCCGCAGGUCCUUGCGUCGCAAGUUCAUUUUUGUCUGAAACGACUGUGCGAAUCGUAGUGCCGCACCCGUUAUAGGGUAUAUCUAACUCACAUACAUCAUAAGAUUUGUAAAGCUAUAUAUAUCAUCAUAGAAACUUUGUAAAGACGCAAAUUUUCAUUUGUAACAAUAAUCUUCAGUAUGUUCUACGAACAGAAAGAAGCCCAAAGUUUUUUGAAAUCACUAGAUUACUUGAAGUCUACUUGCAAUGAGCGGACUGCGAAAUUAGAUAUAUAAUAGUUAUAUAAUAGAUCAAAAUAGGCACAAUUGUAUCAUAUCUAUAAUAAAUUACGUUUACCUUGUAAACGUUCUCUUAAAAUA